GGGAAUCAUGACCAUGCUGAAACUCUGGACUCUUCUUCUUGCCAACGCACUGCUUCUUUGUCAGAUGUACAUAUCAGAGGCAGCUCCAUCCAGAACUAGCAAAGAGUUUGUUACAGAUGGAGUCCCACUACUGAACAAUGAAGCUGAAACAUUGUUCAGAGCAAUUAAAGACUACAUAGAGAUGACUUCAGAGGAAGCAGCUAAGGAAGAAGCUGAAGAGGAGAGUACUGCAACAACACAAAAGAGGGCAUGCAACACAGCCACCUGUGUGACCCACCGCUUGGCUGACUUUUUGAGUCGGUCAGGUGGGUUGGGACACAGCAACUUUGUUCCCACAAAUGUUGGAGCCCAAGCAUUUGGCAGAAAGAAGCGGCAUGGCGUGGUGUGAGAAGGGCAGAUACAUGGUAUGUUAUUACUCAUUAGUCCGUUGAGGGCUU